AAACGUGACAAAUAUUUUAAAACUUUUGAUAUCUUAAAAUCCUGUUCGACAAAAAAUAAAUAUCAAACACCUAUUGAUAUUCAGACCAAUACUGCUAAAUAUGACAAUAAUUUGAAGAAAAUUGAAUAUAAAAACUGGGAUCAAGACAUUGACAGCAAAUAUUUACAAUUAAAAAAUCUUGGACACAACGGUCGACUGCAAAUACUUCCCGAUUACAAAAACAAACCGUUUGUCACGUUUCGCAAUCAAAUCUAUGAACUAAUUGAAGUUCACUUUCAUUGGGGUUUAACUGAUAAAAAUGGUAGUAAUCAUGCAAUUAAUGGAAAAUUUUAUGCAUCGGAGAUUCAUUUGGUUGGAAAAAAUAUAAAGUAUCCGACUCUUGACAUAGCAUUGGAACAAAAUGAUGGAGUUUUAGGAAUAACUGGGUUUUUUGACCUGGAUCAUACACAUAAUAAAGUUAUGGCACCCAUUAUGAAACAGUGGCACCAAAUUCAGAAAGUCGAGUCAAUGGUUCCGUUCAAUAGUAGCUUUAAUUUUGCUAAAUUACUGCCCGAAAACCCUAAAAGCUAUUAUUAUUACGUGGGAUCUACUGCUUAUCCGAAAUGUGGUCCAACACAGUGGGUUAUAUUCAAACAAACUACUAAACCAGGACUGUCUCACUAUGAGUUAUCAACAUUCCGUACCAUAGAUGACAACCCGUUUAACGGUAAGACACCAAAGGUUUUGCAAAAUAGAAGACAUUUGCAGCCAUUGAACGGGCGAUCCAUUUGGAGUUCAGAUUAA